AUGGAUCAAGAUGAAGUCAUCAGAAAACAUUUCGAUCACGUAUUCGUUGACCGACAGCUUGAUCUUGAAGCACUCACUGGACUCAGAAAAUAUUUUGCUGUCAACACAGAAUCUGCAUCUCUCUUGGAAACCUUAAAAGAGGAGCACUUAACGCAAUUCAUUCGUGAUGUAUUCGAAGCAGUUAUGGAAGGAUUUGAUGAAGACGGUGGAAAGUUUAAAACGCUUGAUGAUGAACAGAAACGUUUUCGAAAGGUCGCUUUGCAGUGCCUUGUAAAUGCUGCGAAUCGCUCUGAAAGAUUACGUGAAAGUAUAGAAGAGGAUUCGAUACGAUAUUUUAGAGCGAUGCUUCGAUUGGAAUACUUUAAGAGAGAAGUUUUAGCAUGUUUGGUUGCAUUUGCCAAACCAUUACAUAAAAAAUCUGUACUGUGUUCCGAAUAUUCCGAUCUUUUGAAUGAUAUCGCUCAGUUAUGGAGUCAUCAAUCAACUACCGCAAAUGAGAGAAGUUGGAUAUCGGCUCUGAUCGCAAUAUAUUUAGAAGAAGAUUACGCAUUUUUAGCAGACUGUUUUGCCGAUAUGGAUGCAAAUGCGUUCAGUGAAUUAUUGGUUAUUGUUGAAACACUUGUCGAUCAUUCUGAAACCGGCCACACUGUUCCGUAUUGUUACUACGAAGUGAAGCAUAUGAACACGUUCCAGGUACAUUCCAAUAAUGUACGUUUUUGUAUGAAUCUUUUGGAACGAAUUCAGUACGAAAUCGGUGAAGUUGUGCUGUCGUCAACGGACGAUGUGAAAGAAAUUGUUGAUAGAAGUGAAAUGAAGUUGAAAUUUGACACGAUUGACGUGGUCAAUAGUUUAAUCUCAAUAAUUGCCUCAAUGGCACUUAGAAGACCGCAGUUCGAUGCGAUUCUUCAUAACGAUACAACAGCAACGUGCCUGGUGAUACGAUCUCUCGAAGCGGUUGUUGACUGCGAGAUCGUAAAAGAGAACGCUCUUCCACACAUUCCGAAGGCUCAUGAUCGCCCUGUACCACCGAAACAAACUCGAAGAGAAGCCAUCAAAUUACCAUUCGUCGAUAAUUUUUCCCGUUUAUUGAGAUGUGAUAACGUGAGUGCGCAACAAAUUGCUUCGUUGAAGAGCGCAUGUGUUCAAGCGAUAGGCAAUUUGUGCUGUGAGAGUGAAUUGAAUCAGAAUAUCGUUGGUGAACACGAUGGAGUGAUUCUAUUGUUGCACUGUGCGAGACGACUCGAUACCGAUUCUCCGUUCCUUAUGCAAUGGGCAAUUGCUGCAUUACGUUAUGUCUGUAUGGGUUGUCCACAGAAUCAACAACGACUAGCAUCUAUUGAACAGGUGACAUUAAAGGAUAGUUUUGAAAUUUUGAUCUAUGAUAAGUUCCCUUCGGCUGUCAUCGAUCGUGAUCGGCUGCUAGCACAGUUGGGUUUGCGUGCUGUAAUAGUACCUGACACAGGUAAAAUACGGCUGGAAAAGAUCGAAUAA